AUGUAAUUUCCUGAACAUGAACUUCUGCUAUUACAGGAUUUAGCAAUAAGCAAGACAAUCUGCGAGAAGACAUCUGAGAGGAAGGAUGGUUUUCUUAUCAUUGUUAAAUCUCUGUCUUCUUUCUCUCACACAGGCAGCAGCUGGACUUCAGUCAUUUGAUAAUUUGGUGACGUUUGCCAUGAUAGGAGAUACUAUUACUUUGCCAUGUGGCACACCCUUUAUUAAAUCCUGCACUUCCGUUAACUGGACCAUAGCUGAAAUGGUUGGAUUAGAGGUGGUGAAUGCUGGAAGGGUGACAGCUCCGGACGCCCUCAGGUUUGGCCUGCUAAAGGACUGCUCUCUGCAGAUUAAUCACCUGGUACUCGAUGAUGCACGCCUUUACUCUUGUCACAGUCCAGUGUUCAAUUCAAGUGUUUCCCUUCAGAUUCUUGAAGGUAAGGGACUCAAACCUUUCUUGAAUAAUUUAAAAUCAAUGUCACAAUAUUUACAUCAUUUUUGUUUUCAUUCACCAGUUACUGAGAACCCAACUCCUGCGAAUGGUACAAUAGAGCUUCAGUGUUACCUCAAUACAUAUAAAGGACUUGUCUCCAAUUGUAACAAAGGGAUACAUAUCAAGUGGAUCACUGAAGAUAAUACACCGUUAAAUGGGAACAGAUUUCACUAUAAACAUGUCUCUGAUUGCUUCUCUAAACUGUUCAUCACUAAAAGACUGACAGACCAUCACAGGAAAUGGAAAUGCCAGCUGACUCAGAAUGACAUGAUUAAAGCUACCAUCACUUAUACAACAACAAUAAAAGAUGGUAUAGAGGAAGUGUUUGCUGCAGUCGGUGAGUCAGUGUCACUCUCUUGUAGCAACACUUCCUCUCUUGGUGUGGGUGGAAGAGUGAAGUGGACUGUGGGUGAAAGGACACUGACAGAUGAUAUCUCAUCUUAUAAAGACCGAACAGAGGCAUUACAUGUGAAUAAGGACUCAUCACUGGUUAUUAGCAAAGUAAGUGCUCUGCAUGCCGGAGACUACCAGUGUUCAGAGUCCACUGACCAGCAAAAAGUGUUUAACAAAAUCAGGCUGCAUACCCUUGAUGUUAUUUCAGAGCACGGGCCAGGAGGUGAUAAUCUCACUUUGACUUGUGUGCUUACCUGCAUUAAUGAAUGUGGUAAAGACUUCAAUUUAACUUGGUCUGGAGGCAGCCACAAUAGCAGGCAGAGCAGUUUAAUGUAUGAGAAGAACACUCUAAUAAACAGGCUCUUUCUCCCACUUUUGUCAAUGGCAUCUGCUGAAUUAACUUGCUUUGUGCAUAGAGAGGGUGAUGUGAUGGCAUCAAAAAAGUGGCACACUAUUAACCCUCUGCAAACACCUGCGUGGGCAGUCCUUCCUCUAGCCCUCAUGAUAUGUAUAACUGCUGGAGGACUCUACGUGUACAUGAAGAGGAAGCACAACAAGGAUACAGGAAAUGAACAGUCAAGUGUUGGAAUGACUCAUGUUUACGAUGUCAUUCAGGAUGCAAAUAAUGAGGAACUAACCCAACCUGCUACCACCACCAGUGUCUAUGAUUUAUUACAGGCUGUAAACUAUAAAUAAAUAAAAUUGUCAAGUGUUUAAAAUGUCCUUGAUUUCAACCAUCAAUAAACUAUAAACAUGUUUUCCAUGUUUUAAAAGCUAA